GGAAACAAAGGCUGCCAUCCCAGCAACCUGGGCCUGGCGCUGCCGAGACCCAGAACACCGUUGAGGGGGAAGUUUAACACAGUUGGGCGGCUUUGGGUAGCGACGCGAAUCUUUUUAAGAUGUUACGCGGCCUGAGUGGCUGGUUGGGAAUGAAUUGGGCGGAAGAAGAAGGAAAGCCGUCUCCCCCCAAGGGGGAAGCAAGAACUGGCGAAGAAGAGGUCCCUGAAAGAGACGCGCCCCCGCCGCGCUACGAAGAGGAGGAACUGAAAGGGGGGGCGGACAUGGACCCGCUCUCUAAUCAGGCCAAGGGGCUUGGCAGUUAUAUCUUCAGCUUUGCUACAACGGCUACAAAAAAGAUAUCUGAAUCAGUUGCUGAAACAGCACAAACUAUAAAGAAGUCUGUUGAAGAAGGAAAAAUAGAAAAUAUAAUUGAUAAGACAAUUAUAGGAGACUUUCAAAAGGAGCAAGAAAAAUUUGUUCAACAGCAACAUACCAAAAAAUCAGAAAUAGCUGUGCCUCCAUGGGUAGACAGCAAUGAAGAAGAAACAAUUCAGCAACAAAUACUGGCCUUAUCAGCAGAUAGAAGAAACUUUCUGCGUGAUCCACCAGCAGGGGUUCAAUUUAAUUUUGACUUUGACCAGAUGUAUCCAGUAGCCAUGGUAAUGCUUCAAGAAGAUGAGCUUCUGACUAGAAUGAGAUUUGAUCUUGUUCCAAAACAUGUAAAGGAGGAAGUGUUCUGGAGGAAUUAUUUUUACCGCGUCUCCCUUAUUAAACAGUCUGCACAACUUACAGCACUGGCUGCACAGCAAGCAGUGAGAAACGAAAAGAAUGGCAAUGAAGAGGAUAGACAGCAAACAGAUACUGUGAGGCCAAAGAUACCACCUGUUGCAAUCAAAUCUCAGCUGAAACAUCAAGAGGAUGAUGAAGAGAUUUCUACUAGUCCAGGUGUAUCUGAAUUUGUAAGUGAUGCUUUUGAUGCUUGCAACCUGAAUCAGGAAGAUUUGAGAAAAGAGAUUGAACAGCUUGUGCUUGAUGAGAAAAAGGAAACAACUACAGUGGAUGAAGAAACUGCAGACUGGGAAAAAGAACUACAACAAGAACUUCAAGAAUAUGAAGUAGUUACAGAAUCAGAAAAACAAGAUGACAACUGGGACAAAGAAAUCGAAAAAAUGCUACAGACAGAAAAUUGAUCACUUUGUCUGGAACAUUUUCCAAAAACUGACAUGAACUUGUUCUUACAUUUGGUUCAAGUACUCUCCUUGAGGCCCAAAGUGUUGCAUAAUCAGGCACAGAAACUGUUCUCGGAAAAUACUGUCUAUAAUCUAGCAAAUUAUAUUGCAAGUUUUGCUUGUAUUUUAGGGAUUUUCUAAUAAUACCAAAUUGUCAUAGUUAAAGAAAUUGCAGAAGUGAUUUUUGGUUUAUCACAAAAUAGUACUUAAUGUAAGAAUGAUCUAGAACACAUGAACAUAUAUUUAAAAAUCUGCCUAGAAUUGUCAGGAUCAUUGUAUUUGUAUUUUCAUUGUUUUGAUAUUUUCAGAUGAUUAGAAAAUACUAAAUGAUGAAUGAUGAGAAAAUAAUUCCUGACCAUAAGUAAAAUUGUGACAUUUCCUGUA